CGUCUCCGCAGCGACGGAGAAGCGGAAGUAGGCCUCCAGCUGCUUCAGUGUCGAAGACGACAGGUCUAGCGUUGCUUUUGUUGCUGACACAGCAAGCUGCGCAGCUGGCGGGGAUGAAGACGCAGAAGAAGUUCUUGGCGACAUCGCAGCCGUCACAAGCGGAAACGCCUUCGAAGAGCCCGUCGGAUUUGUUUGGCACUACUAGAACAUCAGGCUCCUUGGGUGCCGUGCCUGAGUCCGCGAUGGGCUCGGGGGCAGCAAUUAUGGUGAGCGAUGGCAGUGACGAGCGAGAACGAGAUGCGGAGACCACUACCGGAACCAGCCCUCUGGCACCUCCGCAUGAUGCGACACAAGACACGAAGAAUCGUGCGCCGUGCGCUCCUGCCGCCCACACGGUACCUAAUUCAUUCUGAAUCUAAGCAACGCAUUACAGACAUCACAUUCUACUUCUAGGCAUCACGACAAAUGGGACUAGGUCGCACAGUUUCAGCGCGAACCCCGUGCGGGCCGGAAUGGGCUAACCACCUCUGUGGGCCCCAUUUUUGUACACAGAAUUCCGAUGCAACAACAUCGGAAUUUGCCCGGGACCGUACGAACAUACGAAGUAAAGCCGUCAGCCCGUCGAGGGGCGCCAGCGCUCUGCGGAUUUGGGGAGAAGUUUCAUUUUGUGUUCGCCCCACGAUAUCAUAUAGCAAAUACUACCCAAAUUUAAUUACAUCAUGGAUCAGGUACUAGAAGGGCGGAAGAGGGAGAUAGAGUUGAUAAACGAGGCAAACGAGGAGGAGGAGCGACAUUCCUGCUUCGAUGCUGCCGGUACCCGAAUCUACGGCGUAGGGCUCCCGGAUAAUGAGCAGGAUCGCUUGCGGUACCUCUACAGUCUCCUCCUUGACGACUUGCCGGACUUGGAGAUUGACGAAGUUACAAGAGUGGUCAAAGGAUUGUUUCGGGUGCCCAUCGUUCUGACGACCAUCAUCGACGAAAAGCGCCAGUGGUUCAAGUCCAACAUCGGGCUCUCCGGCAGCGCUUGUGGAAUGACCCGGCAGAAGUCUUUCUGCGCACACACGCUGCUCAGCGACGUCCCUGAAAUUCUGUAUGUCCCCGAUGCUCGACUGGAUCCGCGUUUCAAGAACAACCCGAUAGUGCAAUCAGAUAUAGAGAUCCGCUUCUACUGCGGCUGCCCCAUCAUCGUGGAGGGGGUCCGACUCGGGGCACUCUGCGUGAUCGACUACGUCCCGCGCGUCGACAUCACCUACGAAGCGGCGCUGUUGUUGUGUAAUUUCGCGGAUAUCGUUGCCGCGUCGCUCGGACGCGCCACGGUCCGCGACGAAAAGCAUCUGGACAUGCUGCGCAAUGCAUGCUUUCUGAUCGAC